AUGAUCGCCAAUUUCCUAUCGCACUCUAGUCCGCCACUCAACCAGCACAUGUCGGAGCAAAUAGUUCGUGUUCUUGGUUUCGACUGGAUUUAUUGCCUUCUAUCGCCCGGUGUUCAUUCAGGAACAGUAUUCCUAGCACUCAGAAUUCUUCUGACCCUCGUGGCGCAUCCUCAUUUGCUAUCGAAAUUCCGGGAAGGCACAGGGAGUGGUGGCUGGUUGACGGAUGCGGACUCAGUUGUACGGAAUCGAGCUGCUGUGGUGUUAGGUUUUUCUGUAUCUGCACACGGUGGAGCAGUCGGCAGCAAGAUAGAUAUCAAUCCAGAACUGCAAAACUGUGCGGGUUUCGCGGCGUUAGAGCAUUUGAUGGCUGCUCAUGCAGACAAACCCCACGCAUACCUUGCUAUGUUAGCAAUACUCGUUGGCCAGCCCGUGAAAGAUCUUCGAUUUUGUGAAAAUUUCAAUGUGGACCAAAUAUGGACACAUGUCUUUGGACUGGCGCUGAAUAGCUCCGUCUAUGAAGCAAUCAAGUCAGCAGAGUUCUGCUAUGAUGCGCUUAUACCACUUCUAGCAAUGGUCAGAGCCUGCAUCUAUUCCGGCAAUGAGGCUCUGCAAGGAUGGCAUGCCGAUUACCCAUCAGCUGUUGUGCAAAUGAUUACAUUCCUUUAUCAGAAUUCUCCCAACUUUUUUGCAAUUGCUCACUCGGAAGAAUUCGUUCUUGCAAUGUUUUCUAGUCUGAUCCAGGAUACUAACGCAAUGGGAGUUAAGUCAGAGGCAGCCGACAAAAAUACCGUUGGAACACCUGAACUUGAGAAAGUACAAGGAGUGCUAGCUUUGCCAAGCGUGAAAGCAGUCCUCGACUUCAUGAAGAAGUUGUUUUGUGAUGAUUUUCAAGUUGCGCCUGGAAGUCGGGCGGACAGUUUGAUCGACGUUAUUACUGAAAGUAUAGCAGAAAAUGGCCGCACAAGAAAGUUACAAAUUGUUACGUUAACAGCUUUAGUUCAUGGGGUUUUCGAGCAUUUAUUAAGCACUGAUCUCUUGGUUUCGUCAUCCCUUCCCCCUAACGCUCCUCCUCAGUCGUUGGCUCAGGUGGGAGUUAACAUUUCGUACAUGGCUCUUCGUGCAGUCGACUGCCUUUGGAAUGGUUUUAUAGUCGGUGAACCACUCCGAUUAUUACAACUUCUUUACAGUGUCUACUCGAUAGCUAGUCGCAAAGAGAAUAAGGAAAUUAAUUUGGAUAGUCUAACAUCGUCCAUUAUGCGGUUGCAAAUGUCCGUGUUGGAUACUCUGUCGUCUAUUGUGACAAAGCGGUAUAUUUUCCUCUCGUCGAACGAGAGUUGGUUCUUCACAUCUCUCACUCAUCUAAUCUUCAUGCUCAGCGUAACACCAGAUAUUAUGCAGCAGGAGAACGCUCCUCUUGAAAAAGCUAGUGCACAGGUUGCUGUGUGUGCUAGCCGUGUGUGGACUGAUGUCAUCUCGUCAAAGAAAGCUUUACUUGAGGAAGCUUUCAAGAAACCCACUGUUUGUGAAUUGAACGCUGCACGAGCACUGCUAGCUAAUGUGGCAGGUCAGCACUGGCAUCAGUUUGUUGACAGUCAACUGUCUGGGACAUAUCCGAACCAUACCAUUUCAAGAGAUAUUCAAACACAAAUCAGU